AGUGCGAUUCUAGUACAGAGAUCGCGUGACCGUUAAUAUUUGCCUUUGGUGAAUUCUCCCUCUUAUGGCGGAGGGAGCAGUCGGCGCAAUGGAUUGUCACUUCAAUUCAAAUGCAUAUUUCGUGUUUUGAAGGCAGUAUUUUGAAAUAGAAGAGAUUUCGUUUUUACUUAAAGCACACUUUGUUGUAUUCUUUUUACGUCAUGGCGGACCGUGGCGUGGAUUUUUCCGGUAUACCGAAAGAGGUUCGAGACCAUUUGGCGGAGUUGGAAUUGGAGCUAUCGGAAGGUGACAUCACACAGAAGGGCUAUGAGAAGAAACGAGCCAAGCUGCUGGGCCCCUUCCUCCCUCAGAUCACCAGUGUGGUACUGGCUCUCCCAGACAUCCAGCAGCAGGCGUCCUCUGGCCCAUCCAGUGGUGAACCCAGCCGUGACUGUAGCCCUGCCAGUCCUGAGGCCCCUGGCCCCUCGUCUUCCUCUGGGGGGCGCAGAAACCGCAGCGGUGGGACCAGGGACGACCGUUACAGAUCAGAUAUCCACACGGAGGCAGUACAGGCAGCGUUGGCCAAACACAAGGAGGAGAAGAUGGCACUGCCCAUGCCCACCAAGCGCCGCUCAGCCUUCGUCCAGUCACCCGCAGAAGACUGCACCCCUCCAGACACAUCGUCAGCGUCUGAGGACGAGGGUUCCCUGCGUCGCCAGGCAGCUCUGAGUGCAGUGCUGGUCCAGAGUCUCCAGAGCCCAGACUACUGGAUCAACCGCUCAGUGCAGAGUUCCUCCUCCACCUCCUCCUCCACCUCCUCCACCCUGUCCCACGGAGAGAAUAAGACCCCCACUUCCGCACUGGCCGACAUACUAGCGAGCACACGCAUAGAGAACAGUGUCCCCCCAGACGUGACAUCCUCAACCCCUGAGAGGCGUUCAAGGGUGGACUCUAGGGUGGACCUGCCCCCCAAUGCUAUGCCCAGGGGGAUGCCCCGAGGACAGAGCCGCACCAGCAUGCUGGAUACCACCGCUGACGGUGUACCAGUAAACAGCCGUGUUUCCACUAAGAUCCAGCAGCUACUCAACACUCUGAAACGGCCCAAGAGACCUCCGCUCAGUGACUUCUUCCUGGACGACUCAGAGGAGAUCGUAGAGGUACCCCAGCCGGACCCCAACACCCCCAGGCCAGAGGGCCGUCAGAUCAUCCCAGUGAAGGGGGAGCCCCUGGGUGUGGUCAGUAACUGGCCCCCGGCCCUGCAGGCUGCCCUGGCACGUUGGGGGGCUUCACAGGCCAAGAGCCCCGCUCUCACCACCCUGGACGUUACCGGGAAACCCCUCUACACGCUGACGUACGGUAAACUGUGGAGCCGCAGUCUGAAGCUGGCCUACACUCUGUUAAACAAACUGGGCACGAAGAACGAACCUGUCCUGAGACCUGGAGAUAGGGUGGCAUUGGUGUACCCUAACACUGACCCUGCGAUGUUCUGGGUGGCCUUCUAUGGCUGUCUCCUAGCAGAGGUCAUCCCUGUCCCCAUAGAGGUGCCACUGUCCCGACAGGACGCAGGCAGUCUGCAGAUUGGCUUCCUAUUGGGCAGCUGUGGGGUGGGCCUCGCCCUGACCAGUGAGAUCUGUCUUAAAGGACUGCCCAAGACUCCCCAGGGAGAGAUCAUGCAGUUCAAAGGUUGGCCCCGUAUGAAGUGGGUUGUGACAGACACCAAGUACCUGACCAAGCCAUCUAAAGACUGGCAGCCCCACAUCCCCACCGCCAACACAGACACAGCUUAUAUCGAGUACAAGGCCAGUAAAGAGGGGACGGUGAUGGGAGUAGCCGUGUCUAAGAUAGCCUUGUUGACACACUGUCAAGCCCUGACACAGGCCUGCAACUACUGUGAAGGAGAAACAUUGGUCAAUGUCCUUGACUGUAAGAAGGACAUGGGCUUGUGGCACGGGGUGCUAACCAGUGUCAUGAACAGGAUCCACACCAUCACUGUACCUUAUGCUGUCAUGAAGGCCUGUCCCAUGUCCUGGGUGCAAAGAGUCCACAUACACAAAGCACGUGUAGCCGUGGUGAAGUGUCGUGACCUCCACUGGGCUAUGAUGGCUCACAGGGACCAGAGAGACACCAACCUGUCCUCCAUACGCAUGCUCAUAGUAGCUGAUGGAGCCAACCCCUGGUCUGUGUCGUCGUGCGACGCCUUCCUCAACGUGUUCCAGUCUCACGGGUUAAAGCCGGAGGUCAUCUGCCCCUGUGCCUCCUCUCCUGAAGCUCUCACUGUGGCUAUACGCAGGCCUGGUGCUCGGGGUACAGCCCUCCCUGCCAGGGCCAUUCUCUCCAUGGGCGGGCUGAGUCAUGGGGUCAUCAGGGUCAACACAGAGGACAAGAACUCUGCCCUCACUGUACAGGACGUAGGCCAUGUGAUGCCUGGAGCUCUGAUGUGUAUUGUGAAGCCAGACGGGCCUCCACAGCUCUGUAAGACCGACGAGAUCGGAGAGAUAGUGCUGAACUCCAGGGCUGGAGGAACCUUGUACUACGGUCUACCUGGAGUCACCAAGAACACCUUCGAGGUGAUUCCUGUGAACCAGGCUGGAGCUCCGAUAGGAGACAUCCCCUUCACUAGGACUGGCCUGCUGGGCUUCGUAGGGCCGGGAAGUCUGGUGUUUGUAGUGGGGAAGAAUGAGGGGCUCCUGACGGUCAGUGGUAGACGACACAAUGCUGAUGACUUGGUGGCCACAGCCCUGGCCGUGGAGCCUGUCAAAACUGUCUACAGGGGGAGGAUCGCCGUGUUCUCAGUGACCGUGUUUUAUGAUGAGAGGAUUGUGAUCGUAGCAGAACAGAGACCAGAUGCCAGUGAAGAGGACAGCUUCCAAUGGAUGAGCAGAGUGCUACAGGCUAUAGACAGUAUCCACCAGGUGGGUCUGUACUGCCUAGCCCUGGUCCCAGCCAACACGUUACCCAAGACACCACUGGGAGGGAUCCACAUCUCUGAGACCAAACAGAACUUCCUAGAGGGGAACCUGCACCCCUGUAACAUCCUCCUCUGUCCACACACCUGUGUUACCAACCUGCCCAAACCACGGCAGAAACAACCAGUUGGAGUGGGCCCGGCCUCCAUCAUGGUUGGUAACCUGGUAGCAGGAAACAGGAUGUCCCAGGCUGCAGGCAGAGAGCUGGGCGUGGUGGAGGAAGAGGGUCUGGUCAGGAAGCUCUGUAUGUGGCCCACCAUGAUGCACCAGUUCCUGUCUGAAGCGCUACAGUGGAGAGCCCAGAGUGACCCUGACCACGUCCUGUAUGUGCUGCUCAACGCUAAGGGGGCAGCAGUGUGCACAGCCACGUGUGUUCAGCUGCACAAGAGAGCAGAGAAGAUAACCUCAGCCCUGAUGGAGAGAGGAGGCCUCAACACUGGGGACAACGUAGUGCUGCUAUACCCCCCUGGCAUUGAUCUGAUAGCUGCCUUCUAUGGCUGUCUGUAUGCUGGGUUGAUCCCUGUAACAGUGCGGCCCCCUCACCCCCAGAACCUGGCUGCUACCCUGCCCACCGUCCGCAUGAUCAUCGACGUGAGUAAAGCUGCCUGUAUCCUAACCACCCAGCCCCUUAUGAGGAUCCUCCGGUCCAGAGAGGCUGCUGCCAGCGUCAACGUCAAGACCUGGCCCACUAUCAUAGACACAGAUGACCUCCCCAGGAGGCGGCCCCCCCAGCUCUACAAGCCCCCCACAGCAGAGAUGCUGGCCUACCUGGACUUCAGUGUGUCCACCACAGGAAUGCUGACCGGGGUCAAGAUGUCCCACUCGGCGGUCAGUACUCUGUGUCGCUCCAUCAAGCUACAGUGUGAGCUCUACUCCUCACGCCAAAUAGCCAUCUGUCUGGACCCCUACUGCGGCCUAGGCUUCGUACAGUGGUGCCUCUCCAGUGUGUACUCGGGUCACCAGUCCAUCCUGAUCCCUCCUAUGGAGUUGGAGCUGUCCUUACCUCUGUGGCUGAGCACCCUGAGCCAGUACAAGAUCAGAGACACCUUCUGUUCCUACUCUGUCAUGGAGCUCUGCACCAAGGGCCUGGGCACACAGACUGACUCUCUCAAGGCGCGGGGUGUGAACCUGUCGUGUGUGAGGAGCUGUGUGGUGAUAGCAGAGGAGCGUCCCCGGCUGGCACUGACCCAGUCCUUCUCCAAGCUGUUUAAAGACCUGGGCCUCUCCCCCCGUGCUGUCAGCACAGCGUUUGGAUCCAGGGUCAACCUAGCCAUCUGCUUGCAGGGUACAGCUGGACCCGAUCCCUCCACCGUCUAUGUAGACAUGAAGUCCCUCCGCCAUGACAGGGUGAGGUUGGUGGAGCGAGGAGCCCCACAGAGUCUUUCCCUCAUGGAGUCAGGCACUAUUCUUCCAGGGGUGAAGGUGAUCAUCGUGAACCCAGAGACCAGGGGUCCGUUGGGGGACUCGCAUCUAGGAGAGAUCUGGGUUCAGAGUCCCCACAGUUCCAGUGGCUACUACACCAUCUAUGGAGAGGAGAGCUUGCAGGCGGACCACUUCAACACGAGGCUGAGCUUCGGGGAGCCCCACACCCUGUGGGCCAGGACGGGAUACCUGGGCUUUGUCAAGAGGACAGAGCUACUGGGGUCCACCGGAGAUCGUCAUGACGCUCUGUUUGUGGUGGGCCAGCUGGAUGAGACGUUGGAGCUCAGGGGGCUUCGCUACCACCCCAUCGACAUCGAGACCUCUGUGUCCCGGGCACACCGCAGCAUCGCUGAGAGUGCUGUGUUCACGUGGACCAACCUCCUGGUAGUAGUGGCAGAGCUGGCCGGGUCGGAGCAGGAGGCCCUAGACUUGGUGCCUCUGGUGACCAACGUGGUUCUGGAGGAGCACCACCUGAUUGUGGGCGUGGUGGUUGUUGUUGACCCGGGGGUCAUCCCCAUCAACUCACGGGGAGAGAAGCAGAGGAUGCACCUCCGGGACUCGUUCCUGGCCGACCAGCUGGACCCCAUCUACGUGGCCUAUAACAUGUGAGGAGGGCCCAGGCCCCAUUCACACUGGGGUGGAGGCUGGCUGUGGGGGUCCACUGGAGUGGAGGCUGGCUAUGGGGGUCCACUGGAGUGGAGGCUGGCUAUGGGGGUCCACUGGAGUGGAGGCUGGCUAUGGGGGUCCACUGGAGUGGAGGCUGGCUAUGGGGGUCCACUGGAGUGGAGGCUGGCUAUGGGGGUCCACUGGAGUGGAGGCUGGCUAUGGGGGUCCACUGGGGUGGAGGCUGGCUAUGGGGGUCCACUGGAGUGGAGGCCGGCUAUGGGGGUCCACUGGGGUAGAGGCUAAAGUAUAGAGGCUCUGAGAGGGAGGUGCUAGACACAGAGAGGGGGCUGGGGGGUGGACUGCUUCUCCCAAGAAUGGACCUCACACUCACUCAUCUGGCAGUGGGACAGAUUGGCAGGACAGGGCAGGAGUAGCAUUGGUGGAUGGGCUUGGACUUGGUUUAGCCAUCCUGUUAGAGUAAUUCCUGCCCCAGUGUUCUUUUUCUCUCGGCCAGAGUCUACUCUCUAUGAAACAGAGACUGUUUAUUAAGUCUGUGGGUGGAAGUGAAGUUAGAGCAUGUCUGUCUGCAUGGGGUUUUGCUGCUUCUUAAUGGUGCUUUUCCAACCACUCCCUGCCUCCCACUGACAGAGUAGGAAGAUGAUUGGUUUCUCCUCUUUGAUUGACACUUGGGUCCACCUAUCAAGUAGAUGUUUGCCAAUACCCUCAUCCACUGUCUCUCCCCGACUGCUCCUAACCAUGAUUUUAUCCCCAGACAUUAUUAUUGUGAAUCUUGUUUUAUAGAAGAAAAUACAGAGGUGUGUUUCUCAUCUCGAUCCAUUCCCUGGUUCAGCCUGUACCCUGCUCUCUCCUCUCUCCUGAGUGGUCCACAGUCCGUCAUGUUGGUCAGGAUAGGACUGUGUGGAGUCAACGUGACGAGCUGGAAGCUUCCCCCAUGCACUUUAACCUUUCCUUGUCCUUCCAUAAUCUCUCCUAGCCUAGUCCCAGUUUAUGGGACUAGUUUAUGCAGAUCAACUCCUCAUGAGACAAUGACCAAAGGAGUUGGAAAGACCUGGGACCAUGCGUGCUGUACGUCCCAAAUUACAACCUAUUCCCUAUAUAGUGUACUACCCUAUGGGCCUUGGUCAAAAGUAGUCCACUAAAUAGGGAAUAGGGUGCUAUUUGAGCCGUAGUCUAUAUGUCCCCUGGAUUGUCGAUGGGAGACUCACAAAUUGGCUUCCGCCGGUGCUACCGCAAUGCAGAGGACUGAUCUUUAAAAUUGGUGUUAGAUUUAAUUGACUUAUAUGGAACUAAAAAGAGGUCAUAAAAUACAAACUUGCUAAUGAACCUAGCUCAGUAUGGUUGACCUCUACUCACUUCCAUUUUUCAUCAAGAAAUGCAGAAGAACUAAACAAUAUCACAAACAAUACAAUAGCAGCAGUAAGUACAGCCCACUGAGUCAGACAAACGCCUGCACCUCAGUAGCUGUACUUACUGCAGAGCUGGAAUUGACCGGUCAUCUUACGUGUCUGUCCCAUAGAUCUCGGUUGUUGUUUUUUACACUUUACUGCUAUGUUAAACGCUUUUAGACGUGCUAGAAGAAUCCACUUUUAAAACACACUUGUCAUUGGUAUGGAAUGAAACAGAUGUGCAACAUAAACAUACCAGCAGCAAACUCGCACAACAAAACAGACCGUGUUUAUUUUUGGGGGACAAUAUUUUAAGGUCUUGAUGUAUGAGCAGGAAUCGUUCCAUGAGAGUGCUCUCAUCGAUCAUGUAAAUAAAAUGGACUUCUGUUUUUACUGCUGUUUUAUGGGGUCAGGGUUAUAUGUAUGUACAGACAUACGACUAAACUGCUGUACAUAUUUAUCUUUACACAACUCUAUUUAUCGUCAUUAUUUAAAUAUCUAGCAAGCACAAAAUACUGAUAAUAUGGAACAAUAAACUUCUGAUUAACUUGCUGGCUGACCUGAUAUCAUGGAGGCUCCUCUGCUGAAUCACUAUCUUAGCUUGAAUAAGUAUCAGUCAGUCAGCUGCUGGCCUCUGUCACAGGCUUUCAGAUGGCAAAGCCUUGGGGUCCGUGGCUAGUCAAUUGCUAGGCUUGUUUGUUGAUUCUGGAGUGCCCAUUGAGUCACCAAGGUGCAUCUAUAUCUCUGACUAACUUCACAUGAGGCUACAUCUGGGAUGUCGGAAGACUGCUGUGCCUUUAAAUGUGGAAGACACAUUUCAGUUGAAUGCAUUCAGUUGUACAACUGACUAGGUAUCCCCUUUCCCUUUGUAUUGUGCCAUCAUGAAACGUGACAUCUUCAUAAAUCAAGGACUUGGUGAACUACCAAACCCAGUUGGCAGUGGGUAUAAGAUGAGGACAAAUUAUUGCCUUAUAAAACCUGUGGAACUUGUAAUACUUUUACUGUUAUUAUUUGUCAAAGGUUUUAAUUUCAUUAUUCUGAUUGUAUUAUGACUAGAAAAGGGAUUGUGAAGGGUAAGAUGUUGACCGUAUAGGGUAUAUUUUAGAGGUCAAAAACUGUAUAACUGGUGUUACUGUGUACAUUGAAAUUAUGAACUUGUUCUUUGUUCAUAAAACUUGACUGAUCUUUCAUACUUGACAGCAAAUUUCUGCAUCACAGACUUAAACGUAGGCUAAGUAACACAUUUCAAAAUUAAAGGAAGCAUAUCAUAUGGUUUGGCAGGUGGUAACAAUUUGCACUUUUCCAUAUCAUUAUUACUGGUGUGUGUGAUCGUAUGGUUUAAAUGGUGACAUCGUUUGCCUUUCCUUGUGGAAAAAAGUUUCAUUUCCCUUUUUAAUUAAAUGAACAUCAAAAUAUUAAACAAUAUUUUUGUUCCAAAAUGACAGUUUCUUUUUUGUUGAUUGGCUUAUUUUAUGUCAUUCACUGUAAUGUAAUUUUUAGGGGUUGACUCUAGCAGGACAUCCCAAGGAUCCAGCCUAGCAUCAAACUAUUUUUAUUCCAUCCAUCCAAAUGAGAAAUUCAUUAUUUAAAUGAUUGUAAUGUUUUUCAUGCUAGAUUUCAACUACCCUACACAACGCUGUGGCAAAACAAAAGCCUUGUUUGAUUUAGGAAGUUGUUAAAACUACUUGAAUGACAAACAUUGUAACUUAAGUCCAUCUUUAGAGUAAAGUUACAUUUAAUGAUUCAUAAAAAAAAAAAUUGGGACUAUUCUGUGGUAUUUGGCUUUCUUGCCAAGCUGCUACUGUAUCAUUCCACCUUUGCAUGUUUAAAUCAUCAUCUUAUCUUAUAGUGGUGUGACCAUAGAACUAGAAGGAAUUUACCACUCAAUCUUCAUGGUGUGAGCGGUUCCAAGCCCGUUCUACUCAAUCUAAUUCCAUGGGUGUGACAACAUGUUGUCCUGCCAUACAUUCAUUAGACACAUUGGUGCUAUCCAAAACUGGAAAUAAGGGGAAAGUCUUUCAAGAUUCUAUCCAUGGAAAAACCUAGCUUGAGUUCCAGCCUGUUUGUACUAUUGUGCCAGCUCCAAUUGGCAAAAGCACAAACCGGUAUAGGACCAGGCAAGGACAAAUGAUCAGGAUUGCCAAUAUUUCCAUAUAUUUUGUAAUAAACACUGUGCCAAUUGCAGUAAAACUGAAAACAAUAAAGGAUGUUAAGCUUUUAGUCUAUUGUAAGCACAAUGUACUGUACUUGUGUAGUGCUAAAACAAUAUAUUUCGGAUGAUUAAUGUUAUUUGUAAACAUCAAGGGCCCAAAAUAUAUAUAUACCUCAAGGCUGUUCACUAUGCAUAAAUGCUGUACAAGAUCUUCUCAAUAUUGUCAGUGAUGCAAUGAGUUCCAACUCAGAGGCAAACGUGUCCUAUUUGACCAACGUUCUGUCAUGUUGUCAAUGGGGAUCAUUUGUUUUCUAUUUGGUUUAGCAAAAUGAAACAAUAAAAAUCUGCUUUUGUCA